GUCGAGGAGCGACCCCACUCGCUGCUGCUGCCACACGGUCACAAGGACCUGGAAGAUGGACUAUUUCUAGGUGAAUUUCUCUCGAGUCCAUCACUAGCAUCAUCCGUGGAUCUGCUCUUGAUUGUGAAUGCUCUGGCGUGGCAAUUAGCCAGACUUUCCGCGGGAGAAACAAAGAGAUAAUAGAGAGAGAGAAAAAAAAGUUGUGACUUGGAGGAGGGAAAAGAAGUUGAGAAUAAAAGUGGAGCUGGUGUUUACAUGGGUUUCUUGCUGGGUACUAAGGCGCUGCUCCGACUGGAUAAAAGUACUGUGAACUGGGGGCAAAGUGACUUAAACUUAAUCAAUGGAUCGCCAUCCAAACUCGAUAGCUGUGUGGCUGCAGUUGGAAUUAUGUGUCAUUACCAUUCUGUUCACAAAAGUUGGCCCCGAUGAUUUUCUUCCUGAACAUUUUUCAUCCUUUGAAGAAAACAUUUAAUCCUGUGUCACAGACCGUUGCCCAAAUCUUUCAAUCACCUUCAGGUGAAAUCAGAUGCUAUUGUGAUGGGCCACAGUGUGUAGCAACAGGUUACAUGUGCAAGUCCCAGCUCUCUGCCUGCUUUACCAGACUACUGGACCCUCAGAAUGUCAAUUCCCCCUUACUGCAUGGCUGCAUGGACACUUUCUCCAAUACGACAGAAAUCUGCCAUUCACAAAGUUCCUACCACCAUAAAGGACACUGGUCACUCUUAGAGUGCUGCUGGGAAGAUAUGUGUAAUUAUAAAGGGCUACAGGAAGUGUUGCUGCAUUCUGGGAGUAGCAUGUCAGACCGACGAGCCAAGAAGCAGCAGGCCUCUGGGAAUCGGAACCUGGCCCACCAGCAAGAGGCCAAUGCCAAGGAGAUCUGGUUCAGGGCAGCUGUGAUAGCUGUAUGCAUUGCGGGUGCCUUCAUCUUGGUGCUGCUGGUUAUGUUAGCCCUACGAAUGCUGCGGAGUGAAAACAGGCGCCUGCAGCGGCAGCAUGAGCAGAUGGUCUCGCGGCUGCAUUAUAGCUUUCAGAAGCCUCCCGUAGAAAAAUUCCUGGUGGGAAACUUGGACCUUGAAGCCACGAUGAUGUCUGCCAGAGACCAUGAAAACUACUGCAUGGUGCAUAAUAAGCAACAGCACUUGGACCCGUACAGUGAAAAACUCGGCUCAUUUUUUCCUUGGGAUGUACACAAUGUCCACAAGAAGCCAACCUUGGUGUGAUUAGGGGUGUUUCUGCUUAACUAUUAACUUGCCUGGUAAAUCCCAAGGCUCACAGUUAAUCAUGCAAGUUUAAAAUUGGCCUCUUAUUUCUAUGAAAAUACAGUCAUGAUUAAUAAUGAACCAAUUGGCAAUGCUAUUUUGUAGUUUUUGACUUGGUUUGGUGCCAGUUUCUGGGUUUCUAUUUUUGAUACCCUGGCACAGUUUUACUUGCCAAUGUCAUGUGAUCUCUUGUAGGGGGAAUGGAGGGUGAGAUAUAGAGUCCAGUGCUUUUCUCUGAUGUAAUUGCCAGACUGUAAACUCCAAUCAGACCCUGCUGAAUAAGAAUUUCAAAUACUGAUGGAUCAUGGAUGUCAGGCUUAUUUACAGAUACACACCAUCUGAAUGAUAAUUGUAUCAUAAUGUACAUUAUAAUUACAAAUUUUGUUAACAUGGUAA